CUUAACGCUUUCUGCCAUCUACCAUCAAUCCACCUCAAGCGCUAGUUCGCCAUCGUUUUAUAUAUACAGGCUUGAAUCUGAUCAUUCGCCGCACAUAACUUUCAAAUCUAUAUGGAACCUGUCGAGGAUCAGAGUUCUUCGCAGUCAGGUUGUGUUUACCCGGAACCAACUGAGUAUCAACCAUCUGUCGCGGAUGUCCUACGAUUAAAACGGUACCUGCAACGCAAGCUUCCUAUGGAGCUUAUUGAGAGGAUUAUCGACGAGGCAAAUUACUGGCCACACAGUACACUUUACAUCGAGCGGCCUAUCACCGUUCCACUUUACAGGGAAGGAAAGCGUUCUGAAGAAGGGAUAUUUAUAAGAACGCUCCCCCUUGGCGUUCACGGUACUGAGGGCGAAUUCAGGAUCCUCGAGAAAGACUUCGAGGCUGGUGGGGCAGCUUGGGAGAGGAAGCUGCUACUUGGCGGACUGGACGACACCUUACCGUCCGCGCCGAUGCUAUCAUCGCAUCCGUGCAGAAAGAUAGAGUUCCAGAAUUGGACUCAUGAUCAAAGAUUGAGGAAGCAGUUUCCUCAUACCUUCACCGCAUCAUACGUAUGGUGCGAUGUCAGCAUAGAGAGAUUGGAGACACCCAUCUCUGACACCAUCGAAUGGCCGGCGCGCUUUCUUUUCAACGAGUGUAAAACAGAACUAUCAAUUAUCCCACAAGACACUGGGAGUCCAUUAUUUCCUCUCAGCACGAAACUGUCAAAAAAUCUCGCGGCGAAGACCUCGGGAUCAGAUCACACCAUGUUUUGGCACGCCAGCGAUGGAUUUGACAAGGAUGCUGACGGUGACUGCUUUUGGCAUUUUCUUGACAAUACCUUUGACAGGCAAGACGCCAAGACAGCAGAGGUGGGGAAAAUGGUGCGCAGCUUGCGAGUAGGAGAUUGCAUGUCCCUGUUCGCUCAUUCCCGGUUUCCCAACUCUGAAGGUAAAGUUCAUCAGGCCAGGGUCACUGUGUAUUGGGCGGUAUAAUAUCUUCCACUUCCAAACUAGCAGAUAUACUACCUCCUUCAAUUUUCCGUUACUUACGAGCCAAGCUCAUUUACAGUACUUGCUAUGUUAUAGAGAAGAAAUCUGUUCACUACAAUUUCCACGCGUUAUAGUGUAUCCAUUCCAUCCUACGACCGUCGAAUUAGUGCAGGCAACUUAAUCGUCAUAGAUUGGCUGAGCCCUUUACUGCAGAAACCCUCCGUAUGACUCAAGGCCUCCGAUGCAACUGAUGCCAUGACAGGAACUCCGAGUCGGAGAUAUACUCAAGUCUAGCG